GCUGGUGCUGAUCAACACGCCCCCGGGUGACCAAGAGAAGGGAGAAAUGGGGCUGGGGGCCGUCCCCGGGAGACAGGCGGCCUUCCGCGAGGGGCUGGAGCAGGCUGUGCAGUACGCCAAGACUCUGGGCUGCCCCAGAAUUCACCUGAUGGCCGGCCGCAUACCCCGGGGGGCCGAUCGCUCGGUGGUCAAGGGGGAGAUGGAGAUGGUGUUCCUGGAGAACCUGAGGCAUGCAGCUGGGGUUCUGGCUCAGGAGAACCUCGUGGGAUUGCUGGAGCCCAUUAACACCCGCAUCACCGACCCCCAGUACUUCCUGGACACGCCACAGCAGGCGGCAGCCAUCUUACAGAAGGUGGGGAGACCCAACCUACAGUUACAAAUGGACAUGUUCCACUGGCAGAUCAUGGACGGGAACCUGACAGGGAACAUCCGUGAGUUCCUGCCGAUCGUAGGACAUGUGCAGGUGGCACAGGUCCCAGGCCGAGGGGAGCCAGACAGCCCUGGAGAGCUGAACUUCCCCUACCUGUUCCAACUGCUGGAGGAUGAAGGCUACACAGGCUUUGUGGGCUGCGAGUAUCGGCCUCGAGGAGACACAGCAGAGGGCUUGAGCUGGCUCCGCUCAUACUGGGACAGGCACGGUCACCCACAGGCUGGCCAGUGAGGUCCUGGACACCACCCACAUCCCUCCCUGGACAGAGUGUCCAGUCUCCUCCUCUGAAUUAAAGACCACCUGCUGCA